GCGGGCACCGCGUUCCUAGCAGCCCGCGACAUGGCGCACGGUCGGCGCUCCUCCCUCGACUUCUCGUACGGCGGUCGCCCGCGGGAGACGGCGGCGCGGACCUUCUACCCGGGCCUCCCCCUCGGCCGCGGCGACGGAGCGGGCGCCACGGCCGCCGCCCUGGGCGCGGACUCUUUGGGCGCGAACGGCGCGGCGGACGAGAAGGCGGAGAUGCAGGGUCUGAACGAACGCUUGGCGGAAUACAUCGGCAAGGUGCAUUACCUGGAGGGCGUGAACCACGAGCUCGAGGUGAAGAUCAAGGAGCUGCUGAAGAGUGGCCAUGACAAGACCCAGGCCAGCGGCAGCAGGCUCGCUGCGGCUGAGGAGCUUUGUGCCAAGAUCAAGAGCCAGACCGUGGACAAUGCGCGCGCCGGCGUGAAGAUAGAAAAUGCGCGCCUGGCAGCCGACGACUUCCACUACAAGCUCGAGACGGAGCGCAGCGCUCGCAGCUGCGUGGAGGAGGACAUCGCCAGGCUCCACGCGCUGCUGGAGGAGUAUGGCGCGGCGGGCGCGGGCGCCAAGGCGGAGAUCGAGGCACUCUCCGAGGAGCUGCACUACAUCAGGAAGACUCACCAGCAGGACAUGGCCACCCUCGGUGCCCGUCUGGAAGCGUCCUCUGUGUCCGUGGAGGUGGCCAGCGCCAAGGGGUCGGACCUGAGCGAGAUCCUGGCCGGACUGCGGCGGCAGUACGAGGCGAUGAUCGUCAAGACCCACGAGGAGAUGGAGUUCGCCUACAAACAGAAGAUGGACACGGUGAACGUGACGGUUUUUGAAAAGAAGCAGGCCUCGCAGCUCGUCAAGGACGAGAUCUCGGACAUGAAGCACUCCAGCCAGAGUCUCCAGAAGGAGCUGGACACGCUGUGGGGCCUGAUCCGGUGUCUAGAUGAGCAGCUGAGAAGCGCCGAGGCGUUGAACGCCGAUAGCCUCUCGGGCUACAGCGGCGCCAUCAGCACCCUCGAGUCUGAGCUCGCGAAGCAGCGAGCGGACAUCCACCGGCAGAUGCACGAAUACUCGCUGCUGCUGAACGAGAAGAUGAAGCUGGAGCAAGAGAUCUCCACCUACAGGGCCUUGCUGGAGAGCGGACACAGGCGGCUUGACGAUACCUCCACUGCUGCUGUUGUUGCUGCUGCUGCGUCUUCCGGCACGGAUGAUGGAGACGGCGUGGGGACUGCCGCUGCUGCUCCUGCUCGGGGUAGAGACGAGGACAUCGGCAGAGGGGAGAAAAAGAGAAGCGCAGUGAUCGUCGUCACCCAGCACGUGACGGACGGGCGGGUGACGGAGGAGAGCGAGGAGCGCUGCGAGCACUGAGCCACGAGGCGUCGUGCCGCCGCUCACACCCGCACACACCACGAGCGGUAGUCGUAGCGAGGCUUUCGCGACCAAUGUCAUCCAUGAGGUUGUUGUUUGGGGUGGGGGGGGUUAGAUCGCGUAAAUAUAUAAAUGUGUCGUUAAACCCGCCACCACCCGACACAGCCAACUAGUAAGGGCUGUCACGUCAACAGAACGUGGCCAAUUCGUCACUAGUACAGCACUAACCGGUGGGUUGGAGAGCCAAGCCACAACAUUUACAAUAUAAUUACGUUUCGCCAGUAAUUACAACCGGCAUCAUCAGGCGGCAGCCAGAUUUGUGUUGGCUGUGUCGGGUGGUGGCGGGUUUAACGACACAUUUAUAUUUACGCGAUAUAGCCCCAAAAAAACUGUAUUAUGGACUCGACAAUAGACUUGCAUCCACACACAAGGUCCACGUUGCCUGUACACAUGCCCUUAUACACGUGACUGAUCCCGCAAUGCAUUGCCGCGUGUUUGCGAGCGCUUGGCGAGAGCUCGAACAAGCAGGCGACGUUAUGGACACACGAGACGAGGCUCGCGUCAACAACCCCAGUGAUCAGAAGUGGCGGUGUCUCAUCGCCAUCCUCGUGACCCGUCCCGCAUCAUCCCUCACGGUCCACCUCGCUCCUGCACGCGAGCUCAACUUGCUUUCUCCAUCUCUCUCCCGGUGGUCGUCCUCCUGGGCACAUUCUCUCUCUAGGCUGCCAAAACACUCGACAGACUCCAUCCUUCAUCUCAGCCGUCAUCGUCUCUUCGAGCGAUGUGUCCGAGUCACACUCCGCUCAACCAUCGCUCUUCUUUCUCGAGUUUGACGUUCCCUCGUCCACGCGUUCCUCGUUCCUCCCCUCCUCCACGUGUUCAUUCUCUAGUCCACGCGUUCCUCGUUCCGUCUCUCCGCGCUUCUGGUCACUUUUAAAAUGUUGCUCAACUUUACAUCGCUCAUCUGAGCUGUCUCUCGUGAUGUCAUAAUUGACAACAAAUGUGUUUAUCAAUGGUGGCUUUCGUACUUUGUGUGGUUCAUCAAGUCUUGUACUUUAUACAUGUGGAUUCCAUCCAGCAUUGAAGGGAACAGUUAAUUAAGCAUUCAAGGAGGCGA